AAAGAAUCAUCAUCAUGGAUCUAGCGUUUACAUAUUUCUUGAUGUUAUUACUUUGGAUUCCUUAUGUUAUGUCCCAGACACCAGUUCUAACACCUGCUUUUCAGUCUGUGAAUAAGGAGCAAGUCGCAAGAAUUACCUGUAAUGUUGGCAUAAAAGAAGGCUAUGCCAUAUAUUUCUUGAGGCAAUUGCCUGGUGGAAUUCCGCAAAUGAUUCUGUAUCAUCAUCACUCGUACCCAUCUCCAAAAUAUGGACCUGGUAUUUCAUCCACCCAUUAUACUUCAACAGUAAACAGUGCUGGAACUGAAUAUGAAUUCAUUAUUAAUAAUGUGCAGUCCACAGAUACAUGUCUGUAUUAUUGCUCAAAAUGGUACACAAGCAUUUCUGUGUUGGUCUUCAGCCAGAGCAGUAAACUCGUUGUUACAGUGGAUAAAUUUCCUGAGCCUGCUGUAAUGGUUUUCAAACCAUAUACAGAAGAGCUGUCCCCUGAAGAAAAGCCAAUAUUGACCUGCCAUAUCAGUAAACUGUCUGUCAGUCUGGCUAAUGUGAAAUGGUUAGUAGAUGGCACCACAGUACAAGAUGGAGUCAGCACAAGUCUGCCAAUAAAGGAGUCAGAUAAUACCUAUAGCAUGAGCAGCUACUUGACCAUUCCUUCCUCUGAUGUCAAUAAGGACAAGAUAUAUUCCUGCUGGAUACAACAAGAAGGAUCUUCUGCCUUCACAUCACAAGGAAUAAAAUUAUCCCAGUGUAAAUUCACUGCUUCCUGUUAAUCAGCAGUUGAAGUUAAAAGCAUCGUGUUUCUUGCUCAAUGGGCUAAUCAAGCUUUUCUUUCACCAUUCUCUAAUGUAGUUUUAAAAAAGAUAAUUAAAAUGAAGUUUCAUGUAGUAAAUGAAUCCUACAUUCUUGUUAAUAUGAAUCCAUUUGUAAUCAAGUUUAUGUCACUGUCCAUUAUAAAAAAAUGUGAUACAACUUUCAGUGAUGUUCAUGGGUUUCAUUUUCUUAUUUGCCUUUGCUCAUUUCCCCCUUUUUAAUAAUAAAGUUGUUUAUACUUAUGCCAACACAAUAAAGACUGCUUACUGAGUGAUCUGUUCUCUACAUCUUACAUUGUCUACAUUAUUUCUAUGCUAUAUGCUUUUAAAUGUUACCUAAAAAGUUACUAAACUUGUGCUAAACCAGCAUGCAUUAUAAAUGUGUAUUCUUGUAUGAUAUGACAAUGAUAAUAUAUGCAUCUGGACAGUAAUAAAGCAUGUGAAGUCAAAUUAUUUUGCUAUCUGUUCUUUUAGUACAUGAAGUCAAUUUUAUCUACAAUCUGAUA